AUGUGGAUAGGUCUUGUGUUCUGUUGUACUAUCGCGUUUGUUACAGGUGGCCUCCCCCCUCAGGCUAACUACAUCGCAGAGCUGCUCAGAGAUCAGACAUCUAGCAAUCGUGUAUCCGAUAAUAUUAUAGAAGAUGCUACACUCGAUUUGCCUAAUCUGGUAAGGAAAUAUAACUAUCCAUUGGAAGAACAUUCUGUUACGACUGAAGAUGGAUACAUCUUGGGACUGCACCGUAUUCCUCAUGGUAGAGACUCAAACAAUAGACCUGGGAAUAAGCCUGUUGUAUUCUUAAUGCAUGGCUUAUUAUCUUCAUCUGCAGAUUUUCUUGUAAUGGGACCAGGAUCUUCUCUAGCAUACAUUUUGGCAGAGGAAGGGUACGAUGUUUGGAUGGGAAAUGCUCGAGGAAACUACUUCUCAAGAAGACACAGGCGUCUUAAUCCUGACGCUCUACUUAACACUGCCUUUUGGGAAUUCUCAUGGGAUGAAAUAGGAAAUAAAGAUUUGCCAGCAAUGAUAGAUUUUGUGCUCCAACGUACAAGAAAGUCUGCAUUGCAUUACAUCGGAUUUUCUCAGGGAACCACGGUGUUUUUUGUUAUGGCAUCCUUACGACCGGAAUAUAAUAAGAAAAUUAUAUCAAUGCAAGCGAUGGCACCCGUAGCAUAUAUGCGCCACAAUAGCAGUCCGUUACUGAAUGCAUUAGCACCCUUUGCAAGGAGAAUUGAGGAAAUGGCUGGACGACGUGGCAUAGCAGAAUUUUUGGGUAAAAGACCAAUUUAUACAAAAAUAGGCAAAGAGUUUUGUAUGGAUGGAGCGGAAACUCAAGCACUCUGCAGUGAAGUUAUAUUUUUUAUAGCUGGAAAUAGUGGUGAAGGACAGCACAAUGCGACUAUGUUACCAGUAAUACUGGGUCAUUACCCGGCUGGUAUUGCGUUGAGGCAAGCAGCGCACUACGGUCAAGCGAUCGCUGGCGGAGACUUCAGACGUUACGAUCACGGACCAGUUGUUAACAGGAGAAUAUACGGAUUCGCAGUUCCACCUCGUUAUGACUUGUCUAGAGUAUCUGCCCCCGUGUACCUACAUUACUCUGAAACUGAUCCAUUGGCUGACUUAAGAGACGUGGAAAGACUGUUCCGGGAACUGGGAAAUGUAGCUGGACGGCUUAGAGUGAAACCGAGGGUAUUCAGCCAUGUGGAUUUUGUAUGGGGAGUAGACGCAAAAACUAUUGUCUAUAACAGCAUUAUAGGUUCCAUGCGACGUCGGGAUCGUCAAAACUGA